AUGGCAUUCUUCCGCCCGGCUUCCCGCCUGCUUCCAACUUUGGCCCGUCGUCGAAGCCGACGGGUCACUGGUGGUUGCCGGAUGAGAAAUCGAACGAAGCAUGCCAUCCACUGCCUACUCUUCAUCUCCUGGGUCGCUGUUUUUGUCGCCGUCACUCGUCCCGAAUUCCCGAAGAAUAUCACAAUUGAUGAGCAAGAAAGAAGCUGGUACAAUGCCUUUUUGAUCCCAAUCGACAUAAUCCGCAUGACCUCGCACCUCUUGCUCCUCCCUCAACUGAUUUUCGGAUGUAUCGGAUUACUCGCCUACAGUGCUUUCCAACGUUCGGAAACAUUAAGCAAGAAUGUGCGCACUUGUCAGCAAACUGGGAUCGAGAAUUAUUGGUUCGAGGUGGUGACCGACAACCAGCUGAACCUCAAGCCGCAGUCUCGCCUUGUGCGCGAGAUCGUCGUCCCGGGCUCUUAUCAAACAUUGAAAGGAUCGCUUUACAAGGCUCGAGCUCUUCAAUAUUGCCUGGAGGACGGCGUAUCUCCUGUAACGAAGGGGCAAUGGAUCGUGCAUUUGGACGAGGAGUCGUUGCUCACACCUGACGCAGUUCGUGGAAUUCUAAACUUCUGUUCUGCGGGCACGUCGGAUUUUGGGCAGGGAAUGAUUACAUACGCGUCUGACACGAUCGUCAGCUGGUUUUGCACGUUCGCCGAUUCCCUGCGGGUGGCAGACGAUCUUGGAAAAUUACGCGCCAGUUUCAACCUACUACGCCGCCCCUAUUUCAGCUGGAAGGGCUCGUAUGUCGUGGCGCGGUAUUCGGCCGAAAAGUUGGUGGGCUUUGAUCACGGGUUCGAGGGCUCGAUUGCUGAGGACUGCUUCUUCGCCAUGGUAUCGAUGCGAUACGGCCUGAGCUACGGAUACAUUGAUGGUGUUGUGCACGAAAAGAGCCCAUUCUCCGUUGACGACCUCAUCAAGCAAAGACGGCGGUGGUUCCAAGGCAUCUGGAUGACCAUCCACUCAAAUGCCAUCCCUUACAAGCACAAGGCGUUGCUGACCGCUUGCGUCUAUGGUUGGGCGGCCCUUCCCGUGCUCAUCUUUUGCUUCAUGCUGCCCUCGAGUGGAUACUUUGGAUCACUGACUACCUACGACAUGUUCCUCAAUCAAAUAUUCAUCGCGAUUAACGUCUAUCAAUAUGCGUACGGGGCAUUCAUCUCUUUCAAGGAAAAAUACAGCUCGGACAGACGGAUGCUGUUGCUGUGCGUGAUUGGCGCUGUCUGUGUGCUUCCGUUCAACGCCCUCGUUGAAGCGACAGCUGUGCUCUACGGCCUGAUAAGCCGCAAGAUCGGGUUCCACAUCAUCCAGAAGUCCAUCUCGUCCACAAUGCUCGACCAAAAAGAACCCCGUGCCAGCAUAUUCGCAUGUUACCGUCGCUUUAAUAAUAUUCGUUUCCUU